AUGCGCGGUCUCGACGAAAGCACCGAAGCUCUUUUACGUACUGGCCAAAAGGCCCAGGAGCAAGUGCGACAUGCCUGGGAUGGCUUCAUAAACUUCGCUGCGCGGGAUAAUGUCCUCGAGGUUGCGUUGGGUUUGAUUAUAGCUAAUGCGUUCACCAAAGUCGUCACAUCAUUCGUAACAGACAUGGUUCUGCCGAUUGUCUCUCUGCUGCCAUUUUUGAACCGAAACAUGGAUCAGAAAUUCGCCGUUCUCUCCAAGGGUCCGAAUUUCGACCAGCAGAAUGGGUAUAAUACCCUCCUUCAAGCGAGAGAAGAUGGAGCACUGGUUCUGGCUUAUGGGGCGUUUAUGGAGACCGCUCUUAACUUCCUGGGGGUCAGCCUUACUCUGUACGCGGUCGGACAUCUAUACAUGCUUAUCUUCCAGGACAAGAUCAUCAAGCCUACUGUCCGCUGUCCAUACUGCAAGCAGUAUAUCAGUGAAUCGGCGCUUCGGUGUCGACAUUGUUCAACAUGGCAAGACGGAAGGGAAGAUGAUCCUGGGAGUGACGAAAGUUCUCGCUCAUAA